AUGGCUGCUAAGUUCAAUGAUCGAUCACUUUCGUAUGAUGGUUCACCUGUUCAUAAACAAUCUGGUAAAGGAAAGAUCAGUCCUGCAGGCAGCCCAGAUAUCUUCACGGUACAACCUGGUGGAGAGAAACGAAGUGUGGCACAUUCCGAUGAAUUGCAACGUAGUCCAGCGGCACAACGUGGUAUCGGUCGAACAAUUCUUCAUGGCAUUCGUUCACUUUGGGCUACGCGGCAAACAGAGAAAGAUCUUGGGAAAAACAAAGAUUUGUACGUAAAAACAACUAUUCGAGAACUGAUCGUCUACUUGGUCUUUAUCGUCGUUCUAUGCAUUAUUACCUUCGGAAUGACAUCGUCAAAGACGUACUAUUUCACCACAGUCUUACGUACGAUAUUUACUGAACGAAAGAUUAUCGAUAUUGGCGACCAACCAGCCUUUGAUGAUAUUGCAAGUUAUGAUGAUUUCUGGGGCGUUAUGAGUGGUCCAGUUAUGAAUGGCUUGUUUCCAACGCAAUGGUACAACGGUGAAAAUGUCACACAAGAUCAAGUCGGUUUCGUUCUAUUCGAAAACAAAAUUAUUGGUUUACCACGUCUUCGUCAACUUCGCAUGAAAAAUAAUUCGUGUGUUGUUCAUAAAAAAUUCCGAUCGAUGAUUCCCGAUUGUUAUGCACCGUACAGCAGUAGCAAAGAAGAUCGCGACCCAUUUGGAUCAGAAAAUGUCACAUCCAAAACUGCUUGGCGUUAUCAAUCAUCGUCGGAGCUCGAUGGCCUAUCAGAUAGCGGUUUGGUCUCUCGAUACAGCGGCGGUGGUUACGUCGAAGAUUUACAACGAGAUUAUAGUCUUGCUCUAGCGCAACUCAAUGAUCUGAAAGCUAAUCUAUGGCUUGAUCGUAGUACCCGUGUUGUUUUUCUUGAUUUCACAUUGUACAAUGCAAACAUCAACCUGUUUUGCCAAAUUAAAUUAACGGUUGAAUUUCCAGCAUCAGGUGGAGCUGUCCCAUCAAAAUCAUUCGCAUCUGUCAAACUGAUUCGAUACGUUACCUCCAUGGAUUAUUUCGUCUUGGCAUGUGAAAUCUUGUUCAUCAUCUUUACAGUUUACUACACAGUCGAAGAAGUUCUUGAAAUUGCUCGAUUUAAACUUCACUAUUUCAAAACCAUUUGGAAUAUUCUUGAUGUACUUAUUCUUUUAAUCUCAUAUAUUUGUAUUAUAUUCAAUAUUUACCGUCAAGUAAAAGUUUCGGAAAUUCUCGAUGAAUUAUUGAACAAUUAUAAUACUUUCUCCGAUUUCGAAUUUCUCAGCUAUUGGCAAUUGCAAUUCAACAACGUCAUUGCAUUCACCGUCUUUCUCGCAUGGAUCAAAAUCUUUAAAUACGUUUCGUUCAACAAAACCAUGACACAACUAUCAACAACAUUAUCACGCUGUGCAAAAGACGUCCUCGGCUUUAGUGUCAUGUUCAUGAUUGUAUUUUUGGCAUAUGCACAAUUGGGUUACUUACUGUUUGGCUCAAUGGUUGAAGACUACAAAACAUUUAGUACAUCAAUUUUCACAUUGUUUCGUAUCAUUUUGGGUGAUUUUGAUUUCGAUGGUACGUAUUCCGCUUGCAUCUUAUGUAAUAUUAUCUUGCCUGUUUUAGCUAUUUUGAACGUUCAUCGCGUUCUCGGACCGAUCUUCUUCUUGACCUAUGUCUUUUUCGUUUUCUUCGUCUUACUAAACAUGUUCUUGGCUAUUAUCAAUGAUACAUACGCCGAAGUGAAGAAUGAUAUGGGCAAUCAACAAUCAGAAUUUGAAUUGGGAGAAUAUUUCAAACGAUCCUACGGAAGAAUGCUUGAACGUUUGCACUUCAAACGCGAACGUGUUAAUGAUAUACAAAGUGCAUUAAAAACUGCUGACCUUAACAAAGACGGUGUGAUCGACUUCGAUGAAUGGCGUCGAGCAUUGAAAGAACGUGGUUUCACAGAUACUGAAAUCGAGAAUGUUUUCACGCGUUAUGAUACUGAUGGCGAUCGUACUCUUCGUAAUGUCGAACAAACUCGAUUCAAAACUGAUUUGAAUACACAAGCAAAGGAUCUUGAUCAAGAUAUUCAGAACUUAAAAGAUGAACCUGGAAAUGUCAAUAAAUUUGCCGGUGCAAAUUUCAAUGAAGUGAAUAACCUUAAUCAUAUAUCUUUCGAUGAAUUUAAGAUUCUGAUUCGACGCAUGGAUCGAAUGGAGUAUUCUGUCGGAAAUAUCGUUGCUCGAAUUGAUGAUGUAUUAACUAAAUUGGAAGGUAUGGAGAAAGGUAAAACCAAACGACGUGAAGUUCUACAGAGAAUCUUAAAUUCCAUGAAUGAAGAUAAUCAUUUGAGUAAAGAAGCUAAACAAGAACGUUUGGAAAAGAUGAUUCGCGAAGAAUUAAUUGAAAACAUUCCAGAUCGAUUAAGUCCGGGUGCACCAGUUAGUUUUGGUCGAACCAAUGAUUCAACAUACUAUUUUACAAAUAUGUUAGCAGAAGCUUUCGUGACGUCAAAAACCAAGAAUGCAGAUUCGUUUAACGACAUCGCGCAGAGUGACGGCACUGAUUUUUGGAAGGCGAUUCAAGGACCGAUCUUUUCACGAUUGUAUAAUAAUGGAUCGAAAGGAAACUAUGGGUACAUAUUGAAUGAAAAUAAAGUUCUCGGAGUGGCGCGUUUGAGACAAGUUCGAGUCAAAGCCGAUUCUUGUAAAUUUCAUGAUAAGUUUAAUAAACGAAACUUGACGCAUCAAUGCUAUGCUGCUUAUACAGUUGAUCAAGAAGAUCAAAGUCCAUUCGGUCUCCGUUUAUCGAAUGUCUUUACCGCUGAUGCUUGGAAUUACAUACCUGCUCGUACGACCGGAACAUCGAAUCAUCGAGGUAUGGUGUCUCAAUAUGGAGGCGGUGGUUAUGUGCAAUUAUUGACUCGAAAUGCCACGAGAACAAUGAAUAUAUUGGAAGAAUUGAAAAGAAACUCUUGGAUUAAUCGAGGAACACGAGCGGUAUUCUUCGAUUUGCUUGUUUACAAUCCAAAUAUUAAUCUAUUUUGUCAUGUAUGUCUUCUUGCUGAAUAUCCAUCCUCAGGCGGUGUUAUUCCUACAGCAGUGAUUCGUGCUGUUGAGUUAAUUCAAUAUACAUCCAUAUUUGAUUACGUCAUUCUUGCCUGUGAAUUAGCAUUUACGUUGAUUGUUAUCCUUCAAAUCCUCGAAUGUACCAUCAAAAUCAUUCGGAAGAAACAUUUGUUUUUACUCGAUGCUUGGGAUCUUAUCAAUCUGAUAUCGAUUAUUCUCUCAUUAAUCUGCAUUGUCCAUGAAUUUCUAUUUCAUUUCUCUACGCGAAAACAUCUCAACCAACUACUACAAAUCGAAACUGACUAUCCGAAUUUCAACAAUUUAUUCACCCUCAAGCUGAAUUUAGAUUUCUAUCUUGGACUAACUCUCGCAUUAACUUGGUUGAAAAUUUUCAAAUAUUUGAACUUAAAUCAAACUAUGCUCUUACUAAACAAAACUAUAUCAACUUGUUUGAAUGAACUCAUUGCAUUCACGUGUAUUUUCGUAAUUAUCUUUCUUACUUAUGCACAAUUCGGAUGGCUUUUCUUUGGAAGAUAUUUAACUGAAUGGCGAUCAUUUUCAAGAUCAAUAUUUACUCUAUUCCGAAUGAUUAUCGGAGAUUUCGAUUUUUAUGCUAUGUUAAACAUAGAUGAAUAUCUCGGCCCAUUUUUUCUGUUCAGCUACAUUUAUUUUGUCUAUUUCGUUCUACUGAACAUGUUCCUAGCCAUUAUCAAUCAAACUUAUUCUCAAAUUGUCUCAGAUACCACCUUACAAACAUAUCAAAUUCAAGGAUUUCUCAAACGUUCACGUGUCGCUGUGACCAAAUCCGAUCAGAAUGAAAAUUCAGGUCAAACAAAAACAAAUCGCGAUGGAGAGAACAUGAAACCGAACGCUGAGUAA